CCCCCGGGAUGACCCCAGCACCGGCACACCGGGACCCCCCCCCCCGGCACCGGGACCCUCCGGUACCCGCCGGGAUCCCACCCGGCACCGGGACCCCGAGACCCCCCCCCCGGCACCGGGACCGCCCCGGGACUCCCCCCCCGGGAUGACCCCGGUACCAGGACCCCGACCCGGGACCCUCUGACACCGGGACCCCGACCCCCCCCCGGGAUGACCCCGGUACCGGGACACCGACCCCCCCCCGGCACCGGGACCCCCCCAGGACUCCCCCCCCGGGAUGACCCCAGUACCGGGACCCCGACCCGGGACCCCCCGACACCGGGACCCCCCCAGGACUCCCCCCCGGGAUGACCCUCCCCGGUACCGUGACCCCGACCCCCCCCCCCGACACCGGGACCCCCCCAGGACUCCCCCCCAGGAUGACCCUCCCUGGUACCAGGACACCGGGACCCCCGGCACUGGGAUGCCCCCCGGGAUCCCUCCCCCCCGGCACCGGGACCCCCCAGGAUUCCACCCGGCACCGGGAUCCCAAGUCCUGUCCCCCCCCGACACCUGGACCCCCCUCGGGAUCCCCCUCUGGGAUGACCCCGGCACUGGGACCCUCCCAGGAUGCCUCCCCGCUACCGGGACACUGGGAUCCCCCCCCCGGGAUCCUCCCCCUGGCACCGGCACCCCCUGGAACCCCCCAGGACCCUUCCCCUGUACCAGGACACUGGGACCCUCUGGGACCCCCAGCACCGGGACACCCCCCAAGAUCCCCCCCCGGCACUGGGACCCUGGCACCCACCAGGAUCCCCCCUCCCAGCACCGGGACCCCCCGAUACUCCCCGGGAUCCCACCCAGCACCGGGACCUCGAGACCCCCCCCGACACCGGGACCCCCCUGGGACACCCCCCUGGAACCUCUCCCCGGUACUGGGACACCAGGACCCCACCCCCAGGACCCCUGGCACUGGGACACCCCCCCGGGACCCUCCCCCGAUACCAGGACCCCCCGGGCCCCCUCCCCUGGCACUGGCACCCCAAUACCCACCAGGAUCCCCCCUCCCAGCACCGUCACCCCAGGAUCCCCUGGGACCCCCUCUGGGCAUCGGCACCCUGGAACGCACUGGGACCAGGACCCCCCCUCCGGGCCCCCUCCCCCAGCACUGGACACUGGGACCCCCAGGACACCCGGCACCAGGACCCCUCCCGGGAUCCGCCCCGGGCACCCAGCCCCAGACACCAGCACCCUCAGAACCCCAUAGAGCACCCAGCAUUGGGACCCCCACCGGGCACCAGGACCUCGGCACCCCUGGGACCCCACCAGGCACCUGGCCUGGGCCACCAGCACCCUCAGGACCCUAUAGAGCACCCAGCAUUGGGACCCCCACCGGGCACCAGGAGCUCGGCAUCUCCAGGACCUCCGCUGGGACCUCAGCACCCCUGGGACCCCACCAGACACAUGGCCCUGGGACACCAGCACCCUGGGACCACCUCCAGCACCGGGACACCGGCACCCCAGGAUCCCACCAGCACCAGGACCUCAGCAUCCCUGCAACCCCCCACCGAGCACCCAGCACCAGGACACCAGCACCCCUGAAUCCUCACCAGGCACCUGGUCCUGGGACACCAGGACCCCCAGGACCCCACCAGCAUUGGGACCUCGGCAUCCUCAGGACCCGCACCCAACACCAGGACACCGGGACCUCCACUAAGACGUCAGUCCUGGGACACCAGCACCCUCCUCGGGACCCCCGGGGACCCCCAUCGUGCCCAAAGAGCGCUAAAAAAAUAUUUUGGCUCUUCGAAAGGUUGUUUUAUUUGCAUAAUCCAAGCUAACGUUGACCAGGAUCAUCACCGACUUCUUAAAUCUUCUCAAACUUGCCGGCACCCGAAGCCCCCCAGGACUCGUCUCGAGCUUCUGGGGCUCUGGUACAAAACUUUUCAAUUCUGAGGAUAUUGCUAAAUUCGAGGCUCCCAAGAAGAAGAAAAAUGGCAAUGGAAUAAUAUAACUUGCUAAAAUAAUAUAAGAAACUGAAAAAUUUCUACAGCUGUGCUGCUUUCGGGCAGGUGCGUGCGCUCACAGCAAGGCAGGCGGGACGUUGCCACACGGGAGGCUGGGCUGAAGCCUUAAAACAUUUGUGGGGUAAAAAAAUAAGAGAUCAAAACGGGCACUGGGAAAUGAGUGUUGGGUGCGAUGGGCGCCGCAGCGAGUCCUGGGCGCAGCAGAGAAUUUGGGGGCUGCAUUCGAGGCCCGGGAGGAGGAGAGGAGAGGGAGAGGUGGGCGGAGGAAGGCAGAUGCCGCAGGAUGGCUCAGAUGCCUUCGGGAGGAGGCUUUUCCCGGGCAGGAGGCUGAAAUUGAGCCCGGCUUGAAUUUUCCGGCACCUUGGAAAUAAAUUGUUGUAAUAAAAGGCUGAUUUCAAGUGUCUGCGUGGGCGGGACAGCGCCACAAGGAGCAGGCAGGCAGAUAGACAUCGAGAAUCAACCCAAAAAGGUUCGAAAUGCAAAAAGAGGCUCCUUCCCACGCCCACCGCGCAGGCAAACCCAACGCCCUCCCCGUCAUUUGGGGAUCAGGGAUUUGUGGAGGAAGCGCUGGACGAGCUGGAGCAGUGGGGCGGCAUCUUCACCCCGCGGCUCCGGGAAAAGCCGAAAUCCUUUGCCUCCAGUCCGGCGACGGGCUGGUGGGGCUUUGGGGGGUCUUUUUCUAAAAAGCAGCACUGGACUCUUCCCAUGUGUGCUCCCAUAAAUCAGGGGCAGCUCCUCUCCGCGCCAGAGAGUCACGGUAAGUUAGGAGAGGAAAUUCAAGGCAUGCAGAGCGUGGGCGAUGCGGUUUGCUUGCUUUGCGGCUGCGUGUCGCGACGCCUUGGCUGUCCCUCAGCCUCGCUUUGCAUCUUUCGGCGUUAUUCUUCCAGCUCUCUGAGUAAUUUUGAGAGCUCUCGGGGCUCCAGGACCUGCUGGAGCUGCAAAGAAAGGACUUCUGCCUGCAGUGAUCCCUAAAAGCAGAUGAGACCGCUGGGCACUUGCCACCCAGGCAUCCAUCACCCCCAAGCUGGAGCGGGAGGGUGACGGUACCGCCAGCGAUACCACCCUCUGCCCAGCGUGAAAAUAGGCCAGAGGAGGAGGAAGAACAAAUAUCCGGCUCCUACGGACCGUGUUGUCCCGUGCUCAUACCACCGGAGUGGGAUCAUCUCAGCCCACGUGCGACCAGAUCUCCGCUCCGUGGGUGAGGACCACAGCAGCCCGGUGAAGCAGCGGUAGCUGUGCUGGUGCUUUCCAGCUGCUGGGCACCGCGAUGUGGGUCCGAAUCACCUUCCCGGAAAACGCUGGGCAAGCGCUGACCUGCUCUCUUGUUGGGGAUGGGCUGCAGCGGAGUGGAGCGUAGAUCAACCCUGCGAUACCUAACGCUGGGCAGCUGCUAGAAACGCGUUCCUGCCUCUCCAGUGAGCGCAUCUCCCAGGGCCCCUCUCUCCGGGCUGCACCGAGGGGUCACUCGGAUCCGAAGGAUACAGGAGGAGGGGGCCCUCACCCAGAGGGGAGAUUUGGCUUCUCAAAAUCCAGCCCGAGAGCAUCAAACUAGCAAAGAUGCGACCCGAUACUCUUGAGCUGCCAAGAGCAGAGCGAGCCGGGGAGGGCUUGGCCUCCAGCAUCAGGAAGGCGCAAGUCUGUGACGCAUCUGCAUUUUUCCAGAAACACUCAGAGAAACAAGUGCUUUUAUUUAAACUCGCUAGCUUGCUUCCGCUCUAAACAACUGUUUUGAUCAGCCGUAACUCUCAGUCUAGCUGUACAAAAGCAAGGUUUUGUUUCGGCUGGCGUUUAUUUUUGAUAAAUCUACUGUGAAAAUACACGGGGGACACUCCGAGGUCAUGCUGCUCAUCCCACUUGCGCUGAAUGCCGGGUUCCGGGCUGCGUCCGUAUCUGCUACGAGACGUGCAGAACUGACAGCGGUUUCUUCUUCAUGGUAGCGGUGAUGAGCCCAGGUUUCUUGCGCAUUUGCUCGAGGGACAACAUAGUUCUCGUGUACGCGUGCUGACAGCGGGAAACAAAAGCGUAGUUAUUGAUGCGACCUCUGCUUUCAGAGCAGAAUGCUCACCAGAAAAGGCGCUUUGCCUGGCAAAAUAAAUCACCUUCCCAGCUUUCCCGUGUUGGGAAGAGCUGCCCCAAUGAGCACCACAGGGGCACAGCCCCAUCACACCAGCAUCGCUUGACCGCUAGCAGCUCCCCGCAGGCUCGGAGGAAGGCACGAGCCACCCUCGAAGCUCCGCCUGGGAAAUUCUGCUCGCCCCGAGUGCUGAAGGGCUGGUUUUGAGAUGUUUCCUUUAAAUUGCCUAAUGAUAUAACUGUGCAGCCCUGUCACUCGAAUUAACACCCAAUCUCUCUGAAGCCCUGCAAAGCUCAGGGCCUCAGUGAUGUUUUAUGAUGAGCCCUUGCCAGGAAGGAAGGAAGGGCAAGUGAGAAGUGCCAAGACUAGUUUUUAGCAUAGGGCUGGCAUGGGAUGGAGCCUUUGCAUCAGCCGGAGCUUCAGCUGGUGCUAAGCAGGGUGCUUUCGGCAACGCCAGCGAGGUGGAUCCCCCACACAGCAGCUCGCAAUCUGGCUCUUUUAAUCUGUAAAGUCCACUUUUGCUCAGAGGUCAGGCGGCACAGCGAGCACCGCCUGGAGCCAGAACUUCUGAAGGGACAAAUUUGUAACUUGGACCUGCGAUAGCAGAGCCUGGACUCUGUGACAUAAGACUCGCAGUCUUAUGUGCCUAAUUUUAAACACAGAAGCGAACCACAUUUCAAAGAGCUUAGUUGUGCUGCAGGACUAAACUAGCAUCUCUCAAAAGGCUACGGCCAAAACUGCGUCAGGUCUGGAAGAGUCCUACCCCCGCGGAGGAGCAAGGCGCAGAAUUGCCCUUCUGCAGGGCUGUGCGGAGCUGGGCCCAGCCGAGAUUACCUUUUGAUCAGCCUUCAUUUUCGCGUUGUAGAACGAGACUGAAUCCGGACAGGCUGGCAGCGUUGCUUCCUGCAUCCGCUCAAACCUGUCCUGCACAUCUUCCUCCUGCCAGGAAGAAGACAGAAACCAUUGCAUACAAACAGCAAAAGGACUCGCUGAGACAUCACGGUCGACGGAUCCCAUUUGCCACAUUGAUCACCGAGGAUCUGCCACAAGAUAUCCUCACAGCAUGAAAAAGUCUAAGCUGCCUGUUCUCCUGUGGGUAUCCUCCGUGCCCACCCUUCCCCGGGGAAGGUGUGAGCACACCGAAGAGGAGUCUGGUUUGAAUGGAAAUACCAUUUUUUAAGAUGCCACUGUGUGUAUAAUGUUUUCAUGCCAGAUUUCAGGGUACCUCUAGCAGACAGGUCACCUUCUGCGACUCUUCAUGGGUAGCCUGGAGAAGGCAGGUACAAUUUUGGGGCGGUAAAAGGCUGAUUGCCACAGCGAACAAGCCAAUAGUAAAAGACUGAUAAUGGAGAAAUGGGUUAGAAUAGUAAAUAAAGAGUCAGUCUGGAAAAGGGCAGAAUGGUUCAAAAUAGGAAAAAACACCUCGAGUGAAAGACCAGGUGGUGCCUGGCAGAGACAGCGUGGGGCUCAGCCCGGCCAGCGGUGCUGGCUGGGAAGCUGCAGGGCAUUGCCCAGGGCAGAGAAGCAGCCAGCACUGAGCAACACACAAAGGACCGCGUUCAUCCUCUUCCUCGGGAUUUCUCCCCAUAACAUCAACAGCUUGACACAGCUGCAAAGCAUUGCUAACAGGCAUGUUUCAUUCAUCUUUUGGGCUAUAACUGAUGCGAUGACAAGAAAUCCAGGGCUGGAAACCACUAAGGGAGUUUCUGUGAAUACAGUGAGUAACUUGGUUUAGUAAAAGUGACUAGUGAUGAAUUUCCUUGUGUCCCCAAAGAGUGACAUCCUGGACCAAUGUGCUCAGUCAGAGUUUGUCUGUUGACUUCAUUAGGCCCAGCACAUUACCCAAAGGGGUUUUUUUUUUCCUUUCCUCUUUCCUGUAAAGAGUCUGUUUCUGAAAUCUUUCGCAGUCUGAUAUUUCAAAACAUUCUGUUUAAAAGCAAACUUACUACAUUUUUUCUCACCUAAUAUCUGUUAUUUCUACUCUCAAGGGAGCUAAUUCAGUAGUAGGAGGGAAGAACCUGUCUAUGAUCAGCUUUGAAACUCUUUACAUACCUUUCUAGAAAGGAAUAAAGAAAAUGCUUAACCCUGA